GCGUAGCAGACUCAAAUACCGACCUGCGACGCUUGGAAAAUGAAGUGAUGGUCGGUUGCGACGCGAGUGUCAAAUCAAGUUAAGGGAUGACUUGGUGAGGCAGGCGAAGCUGAAACAGUCUGAAGUUUCGGAGACAGCGUCCAGGAUGAGGCUGGACAGAAUCCCAUCAUUGGCUGCCAGGGGGGCCAAAAAUUGCUGCAUCGCCAUCUUUGUUUGAGCCGGUUGGAGUAUAGUAUGACAUUGACAGUCAUGGGUCAACGGUCGACGGUGGUCGAUCAACGGCGCUGGUUCGGCCAGUUGUUAGCCACCCGCAGCCUGGUUUGGGCAUUGACACAUCCCCUUUUGGGCUCUUUUGGCUUGACCAACCCCUGCGAGGGCGUCGCCUUACGCGAGUCUUCACUCCCAACAUGGCAAGCUAGUAACAGCCGGCAGUCCCGCUUCCAGACGUGUUCUGCCUCUGCCUUGCUGCUUUGUGUGAGACCUAAUAAGCAGGUGGAGAUGCCCAGUUCAGUAGGCGGCGGAACCUGGCAGGAUGGCCCGUAAUGGAGGACCAAAUGCCGUAGGGGAACGAUCGAUGAGUCCAUGGCCUGAUGAAGAGACUAAUCCGUCGGUACCCGAGGGAGGAAUGGGCACCAGAUAUGGAACCCUUGUUGAGCGAGCGAACGAGCGCGCGAGAGCGCACGGCUGCGAUGGGCGAGUGAGUUGCUAUCAUUCCUCGACAUGAACGGCCUGUAUUCUCUCGUACGCAGGUUGCAUUCCUGCCGCAUUGUCCUAUACCCGCACCUGGAAUGAUUCGAUAUGAGCACUGCGCCCAUUAGGCUACGAGACUCGCCUGCCCAGGUCCAGCAAAAGCUUCGCCUCAAUGACCGGCAGUGGGACACCUUCAAGGACGCGGCAAGGCGGGCACACCUCGAGUUCUGUGCUUCACAUCCCAGCUCGAGCUGGGCUGAUGUGAGGGUUGUCUGGACCGCCAUCCCGGAGACUGAGAAGCUCCAGGUCAUCCGACUGGUGUAUAACCUCUGCGUCGAAUCCAACCUUUUCCCGCCCACCACUCAGCGAUCCGUAAUCGAGGCCGGCAUCGAGCAAAGACUGCAUCAGGUGCGACGAACCUGGCAGCAGACAUCGAGGACAAGGACGCGGCCUGUGGCGCAGUGAACCGUCAGUGAUGCAGACUGCGGCACGGCAGAGGAUUUCCAGCCUGACCGGGGCGUUGAAUGUGCCAUGAUGAAGUGGCUUGCAGGGGGACCCGACACCAACCAGGUGGUCUCUCGACUCUUGUUCGACGAAUACUUGGGCAGUCCCCCGUCUCGGCCACGAUCUAAGGGGCUCAGAUGGUGAAACCAAAGCCGGGGAAAGACGUGAUGGUGCCAGCUGUCGUCGAACUCUCCACGUUUUCGGUGGCCCCCCUGCUCCUACAAGAACACCCUUGCAAGGUCCCUGCAAUCCCCGGGCCCCAACUGUGGUGAUCUGUACACGAUCGAAUGACAAGGACAAGGACGAGAAUGAGAACGAGAUUCUCCACCGACUGCGAGAAGUCUGAAAGAACAUGGGUGGACAACACCAAGUGCAUGCAAGGGCGAUGGUGUUUGGAUGCACUGAGAGAAGAGCGCGUGGACGAUGUCGCCGGCACAGUCCAACUCCGGCUGCUGCUGUUCUGCAUGGAGGCAACGGCAGCGUCGUGAUAGAUUCCUUUUUAUUUCACAUACCAGGAGGAGAAUGGGAUGCUAAUCUGGGCCUUGAUCAGUCAACUCAUACAUACAUCAUCGUCUAUGCUUGUUUGCUUGCUCGAAAAUAUGCUUCGCUUUCCAGUCUCCUUUUCAACUCGAUACCUCGAUACAACAUCACCAGCUUUGGGUCAGUCUGGUCGCUUGCGUGAUCUCGAUGCAGCUUACACCGAUGAGAUUGCCUGUCCCCGUCGGUCUCCUUGCCCGGUUGUCCACCAUGCAAGCGCAUUUAGUACGCCGAAACCCCUUCUAUCAAUUUCAUACAACUCGUUGAGGCCGUGAAUUUCUUUUUGAACAGCUUAUGGCAUGCCUCCGAAUGCCCGCAUAGCAAUUUUCUUUUCCUCAUGACUGCCGCUCUCUAUUGCUCAAGCCAAUCGCCCCUCUAUCGCAACGACGAAAACAGCGCGCUCACUCCGAAUUCAGCUGGCCAUGCCCUUCGAUUUGGUGAUGAGGUUUAGGACAAAUGGAAUGCCCCCUGGCCUUCCCGAAUGGCCACAAACAACCGUUCCUUCAACACUUCCUGCGAAGAGUAAUCUGGCAGCUUGAGAUAGUUGACACACGUCAUGACGCUAGGUAGGUAGUCGUCCGACGUAUAAGGCGGUUCACUAGGUUUGCAAACGACGGUAAACAUCGGUGUCAGGCUCUUGAACCCUCCUAUCGGGAGCUUGGGGCUGCCGGUGACAAACUGCAGGAAGUCCCGAC